AGCAGCUAGUCAAUGGAAUGGUUAUGCAACUCCUGUUCUGUCAAAAAUUGCAACCGUGACUUCCUUUGUAAAACUUGCCAAUGUGCUCGUCCUACAGCAACACGAAAGAUCAAGCCUCCUGCACAUGUUCAAAGAGGGAAGUUUAUUGACAAAGUUGUCAUGGAUUUAGUCCAAAAGGCUACUAAAAGGAAACCAGCUUCACAGUUAGCAUCAAAGACUCGUGUAAAAGAAGCUAUAAGAAAGAAAGUUUCUCAAAGAAGUAUUUCUAUUAGUCAAAAGAGGAGAGGAUCUUUGAUCGAGAAGCAGUUCAAAGCAAAAGCAGACCAAAUUGCAAAACUAACUCAAGAAUUGGAAAGUAUGAAAGCUUUGGUGUUUGAGACUAGUCAAUCUGGUUACAUUCGAGAACAGCUUCAAGCUAUCAGAAAUAUUGGGGAAGUCAUGGCUAACCCAUCCUCCUCUUCCUCCUAUGAAGAGUACAAUGAUAAUUCUAAUGACAAUGAUUAUUCACCUCAUGGAACUAAUGGGGUGAAUGGUUCAUCAAGAGUUUCGGCUGGAGGCACGAGAAAGUAUUCACGGAAAGAGUUAUUUCCUAACAAAUGCAAACAUUGCAAUUUCACCUGUAUAUCUAUUUGGAGGCUGAGUUCUCACCUAUCCUCUAAGCAUGGCAUAAAGAACUCUUUUAAGUGCAUUGAAAACGACUGUAAUUUUUCAACAUCAUCUAAAUACUUUUUGGAUAAACACGUUUCAAGUGACCAUGGACAUUCCCUUGUCGAUUCGCCAGAGUCAACCAAAUCUGUCAAAACCCCUAAGACUAAAGCUUCUAAAACAGCAUCAAAAAGAAAAAAUCUCACAAGCAACAAAGGGAAGAAGAAGAUUUAUCGUCCCACGAUGGUCAGUGAUGGAGAUACUAUUGAGAGAGAUGUUGAGAUUGUUGAGAGCCUUUUAACUGACACUGAUGAAGAACAAACUAAUGGAACUGACGAAAAAGAUGCUGACUGGGUGCCAGAUAACUUAAGCGAACCUGAAGAAACUGAGGAUGCAGUGCCUGACAGUGAGAAAGUGAUAAACAGUAACCCAGAGGAGCUCCUUUGUUGUCCCCACCCUGGCUGUCAUUAUACAACUUCUGAGAAAUAUUACUUAACUCGGCACAGAAAGAGAAAGCAUGGCGAAAAAAUGGCAAGGAAGAAAAGGGAGGCAAAGAAAACUGGUGAACCUAAACCCAAAAAGCCUUCAGUUCCACGGAAAAGACGGGUCAAAGAGAAAAAAUUUUCCUGUGAACUAUGUGGAGCUAAAGCAACAUCAAUGUGGUAUAUAAAUAGGCAUAUGCGAUUACAUACGGGCGAAAAGCCAUUUGUAUGUGAGUAUCCUGGCUGCACUUACAAGUCAUAUCGCAAGUUUCACAUAACACGUCACGUGAUAAAUAUUCACUCUACAGAGCGCCCUCACAAAUGUGAACUUUGUGACUAUUCAGCAAAAACAAGAGAAAACUUGCGACAACACAAUCUCUCUCGUCACGCUCCUGGCCACUUUGAACCAUGUGAAUUCUGUGAUUUUAGAGCAAAAUUAAAAGAAGGCCUCCGGUCUCAUGUGCGAAAAUGUCAUAAGUUUGUGUGCAAGGAUUGUUCUUGGGAGUUUUCAACGGACACAGAUUUAACAAAACAUCUCCAGUUGCACAGAGAAGACGGCUUUGCUCUGUGAGGUGUGUCCUCAGGUCAUGAAAGACGUUGAGGAAUACAAAGUACACUCAUUUACAGUUCAUGGAGUGCAGAUGCAGACUCGGAUAGCCCGGAGAUCGAGAUCAUCUUUGUCUACAUGUGAAAUUUGCAACUACCAAUUUGCUAAUAGCCCAUCACUGGAAGCACACAAGUCGUAUCAUACCUCUGAUGGAGCCAUCAUUUGUCAAUUUUGUGGGCUUGUUUGCAAAAGUAUGGAGAAAUUGAAAGACCAUACAGUCACCCUUCAUGGGUUUGUGAUUGAUGCAAAACUCAAACCUGUGAGAACGUAUCGACAGAAAUUCACUUGCUCUACUUGCAACUAUGAGCUAUCUUCCAGGACUGCUUUAGAGACUCAUUUUCAGCAGCACAGACUUGAUGGUAGUGUAAAGUGUACAAAAUGUCCGCAUAUUUCAAUGAAAAUGUCCGAUUUAGUCCAACAUUGCUUGAUCAUUCAUGGAGAGAGAUUGGAUGCUUCUCCAAGCAAAAAGAAGAACGUUUUUCCUUGUGACAUUUGUAAGUACAAUUUUCCCACUGCAUCAAAACUAGAAAACCACAAGAACAAGCACAAGGAAGAUGGUAGUAUACUAUGUGGAAUGUGCAAGGUCACCAUGCCUAGUAUGGGUGAAAUGAAGGGUCACAUGAUGCUAAUGCACGGUGUUGAAAUGGAUGCAAACCAACUUGAGGAAUCAACACCAUCGGCAGCACCGAGCGUUUGUGAAAUAUGCAGCUACGAUUUCAAAGAUCAAGAUCAGUUGAACCUGCACAGGUCGUGUCACAUGGCGGAUGGGUCAAUAUGCUGCACAAUGUGCCCUUACUAUUCACCAAACAUUGACUAUCUCGUUAUGCACAUGCGUGAAAUACACCAGGUGGAAAUACAUCGUGAUAAGGGCCCUGAAGUGCAGCAAGUUCAGAAACAGAUAGAAGCAAGUCAUGCAAGUAGAAGAGAGUUAUUCAAAGCACCCCAACUAUUGCAGUUGCAGAGCAAUAAUGCGCUCCUGCAUGGCAGUCGAGCUGACACUCUUAAUUCUGUGGCUCAAUCGUUAUCAAGUGAUGUAGAAUCUUACAUUCGACCCCCCGCCUGUGUGUUUGAUAAUCACUUAUCUGCUCCGACCAGCAACUCAAUGAACAGCUUCUCCUCAAAUGUCAUUUCCGGCUUCAGCAAGUCAGAUUUUGUAGAUUUCCUGCAGCCCACGUUACCACCACAAGCUACAAUAUCGAUCACGAACAAUGCCACCAAGUUUGUGAUUAACAAUUUCCACAAUCACUCUACUUUGGUGUGUGGUGCUAACCGCAAGACGUCAGAUCACCUCAAACUAGAUGACAGAAACCUGGUGGUGGCUGCCGGAUCAAAACUCCCAGACCCUUUGUCCCAGGCUGUGUGUGAGUCUGGUAUUAUAUCUAGAGGAGGGAAGCUACCAGCUACUAAAGCAGUCGUUGCUGUUAAAAGUACCAGGAAGUCUAGAGCUAACCCUGGAUUAUUUAUGUGAAAAGAGAGUGAGUUUGUGUUUUAGUCUGUGAACGUGUACCUUAUUAAGUUUUUUUUACGAGAGUCUUGACUUUUAAAACUGAGUCAAUUUAUCUGGGUUUUAUUUUGAUCAAUAUUGUAGCAAUUUGUAAAAAAAUUUCUUUGUUUUCGCCUGAAAAUAGGUUGUAGAUAUUUUAGGAUCAUUAUUUUGCACUGCCGUUGGUACAUAACCUUUAAAAGGGAAAUUUGUGGCCGUGUAUUUAUGUAUAGUUUAUUUUAUACUAUAAAAUUUAAAUUUCAAGACUGUCUAUAGAUGUUUAUCGUAUUAUGGUGUGUUGCAUCUUUACUAGCAUUUCAUAAAAUUGUUUUGAAUUCUUACUUCUUGGAUCAAUUUACCGAUAGCAAUAGGUUAAACUUAUAUUAAAAUUCUAUUAAAAACUUUAUACAUUUUGCACGGUUUUGAAAAUAUGUAAACAUGGUAAAAAUGUUUCAGAAAUUUUGUUUGCAAGUUCUAUCAAUUUACCGAUUUGUGUGAUAACUUCCAUAAUCAAAUCGGUAUGAUACCCCUUAAAACUUAUAAUAUCAUGGUUCAUGCAUGAUGUGUUUGUUAUAUUUUAAUCAUCUUUAUUACUGUAUUAAAUAGUUUUCAACAACAAAUAAUUUGAAGUAUACUUCUUUAAA